CACUCUGAAUCAAGUACACAGUGCGAAUAUCAGAAGCGAUAAAACAUAGUGAUACGACCGUUUGUAGGAUGCAGCUUCCACAACGGAAUAAUUACACGAAUUUGUUUUUUUUUUGUCAUUAAAUGAUCUUUGCUCGAAUAAUUCGUUAAUCAGAAACAGACACACAUCAACGGCCUUUCCAUUCUAUAAAGUCGAUUAUUUUUUUUAAAUUUUUGUACAGAAUUUCACAACCAGUUAUAUUUCGACGGCUUAAAAUGAAGAGCGGUUCACUUUUAUUCGUGGUGACACUGUUUGUAGCAGGUUUCAAUGGAUUACUGGCAGACAAGCAGGAGAAUAGUUCGAGUGUACCAAUAUCAAGGUCUAAAUUGGAUGAGCUGCUUGGUGCAAUCGAAUACGGUUCUACAUCAACGAUCAGAUCAUUGAUUCGGGAAGGAAUAAAUAUGAGCUUGCGAUUUGAUAAUGGGCAAACUCCGAUUCAUAUGGCUGCAGAAAAGGGCUCUCAUGCUAUACUAAAAGUGUUAGUCGAUAACGGUGUAGAUCCAAAUAUUCUAGACGAAGAAGGCCUUACAGCACUUUACAUUGCCGCGGAGAAAGGUUUUGAAGACUUUGUCCAAUACUUGAUCGAAAAACAUGCCGAUGUUAACAUUGCAGACAAAAACGGUCGUUCCCCACUUUACGUUGCACUAAAAGGAGGCCACAAGAAAAUUGCCGCGAUGCUCAUCCAAAAUGAAUCAAAUGUCAAUUUUGAGCUGGGAAAAUGGAAAGCAGUCAUAUUUCGUUGUGUUGUUGAAAAUGUCAAAGAAGAAAAUCGGAAAAAUGCACUCAUCACAAAAUUGAUUAGAAAAGAUGUCUAUACUGAUACUAGCUCAAGGGAUGCAUUCAGAGAAGCUAUCGAAAAAGGUGAUGCUCUUUCGACAGAAUUUAUGAUCAAAAAUUGCAAUAAAGAGUUACGUGCAACGUUGGGUCUGUCACUUUUUCUCGCUGCAAGCAGAGGGCACGCAGAAAUCGUGAAAAUUCUGAUAAGGAAUCGUGUAAAUCCAACUGUUUCCGGACCAAAUGGGACUCUGCCUCUGAUUGUUGCUGUUAAAAAUGGUCAUCAAAAUGUAGUUGCUGCUUUGGUUGAAUGUAAUGUGAACAUCAACAUGAAAGAUCAGUCCGGGAGAACAGCUCUGCACGUUGCCAUUGAAACUGGCUCGAAGAGAAUGGUCGAGUGUUUGAUUAAUAAUUCGGCGAAUUUCAAUAUGAAGGAUGGUCAAGGAAACUCUCCGCUAAUGCUUGCCGUGAAGAAAGGCAAUGACGAAAUAGCUCUAGUGUUAAUCGAGAACAGAGCCGAUUUUUACUUACUUCAAGAAAGUUGGGGAUCAGCUCUUUUCGGCUGCAUCACACGCAAUGCCAGUAGCAAUGUAAUCAACGCACUGCAGAACAAAAGUGUACAAAUCGAGCAAAAUUGGGCCGAUCCACUUCGAAUUGCUGUUGAAAAUGGUGAUACGAGAGGGGCUGAUUUGUUAACGAAAAUCUGUAGCGCAGUUGCUGUUGUUCCAACGGUGGAACCAAUGUCAAAGGAGCGUAUUACAUCGGUGGAACCAAUUUCGAAAGAGCGCAUCCCAUCGGCGGAAUCUAUCGCAAAUGGGCGUCUACUUCUGAUAGCCACUGAAAAAGUUCAUGUGAACGAUGCUAUAUCCCUCAUCGAAAACGGUGCCGAUGUUAAUUCUAAAGGCGUUGAUGAUUGGACACCACUCCACAAGGCUGCUUAUCAUGGUCCUGCUAAUGUAGUUAGACUUCUCAUUGAACACGGCGCUGACAUCAGUGCCAGAUACAAAUACGGAUAUAUGGCUCUUCAUAAUGCAGCUUCGAUGGGUCGGGCAGAUGUCGUUAGAGUCCUUCUCACACAUCACGCCGAUAUUAAUGCUAAGGCCUAUGAUGGAUUCACACCUCUUCAUUUCGCUGCACGAAACGGUAGAGUGGAAGUCGCCAGAAUACUCAUUGAGAAUGAAGCCGAUAUUAACAUUAAGAAUGGAUAUGGACAAACACCACGUGAAGUUGCUGUUUUUAGAGGUCAAACUGGAGUCGCCAACAUUCUGAAAGAAGCGGAAGAAAAAGAAGCUGUGUGUAAUCCAGUUUGUCUCAACGGUGGAACAUGUACUGGGCGCAAUAUUUGUUCAUGUCCAAUUGGUUUCAAGGGUCUUCAAUGCCAAGAUAAAAUGUGUAUGACGAAUCCAUCUUCACAGAACGCUGCAGCCAGUUGUACUACAGACCAUUGUAGAGUUACUUGCAAUGCAGGCUACAAUUUUCAAGAUAGUAGUCUGGCCAUGGAGAUGAGCUGCAAAAACGGCAAUUGGGUACCAGAUUCACAAAGUCAAAACUUCAGUCCUGAUUGCAAACCUGUGUGUAAUCCAACUUGUCUUAACGGUGGAACAUGUACUGGGCCCAAUAUUUGCACAUGUCUGACUGGUUUCAAAGGUCUUCAAUGCCAAGAUCAAAUUUGUAUGACGAAUCCAUCUGUGCAUAACGCUGUAGCCAGUUGUACUACGGACCAUUGCAGAGUUACUUGCAAUGCAAACUACAAUUUCAAAGAUGGUAGUCUAGCCAUGGAGAUGAGCUGCAAAAACGGCAUUUGGAUAUCAGACUCACAAAGUCAAAACUUUAGUCCUGUUUGUCAACCAAAGUGUGAUUAUGUGCUAACGCGUGCGUAUAAUGGCAGAACUGGACAACAUGUCGCUUCUACUCGGACAUUGCCCGAUGGAUUUGGAGCUGAGGGCAGCUGGAUUUUAAAAUGUGACCAGUUUCCAAACACUGUACCGUUAUAUGAGUGCCACUUUCACAAACAUAGCUUUCUGACACGAGACACGGCAUGUGAAGGUCAGGUACCGUUGGGAUUUGUCGGAUUCAUUUAUACAACACAAGUUACUGGCGCAAUUCCUCUAUAUCGCUGCUAUUCCUUGUCAUUUAAUGACCAUAUGGUAUCAGUGAACGCCAACUGUGAGCAUCCAGCCUAUCGAACAGAAUCAGUACUUGGCUAUGCCUUUUUACAUUAAUAAUAAUAUAUAAAUAGAUCGGGAAGAAGUGGAAGAAAAACAGCAAAAAAUUGGAAUAAGCAAUUAGAUUUAAUUGCAACUCAAGACUACCGUUCUCAUCACUUGACUUUACGAUUUAAAGAUUUUUGUUCGAAAUUUUCAUUAAUAACAUUUUCUAUAGAUACAAAAUAAAAUAAAAACGUAAUAAACAAUAGAUUAUGACUGUAUUUGCAUAGUAUACAUUUGUGUAUAUUCCAAAUGCACCACAA